UUUUCAACCUGUUUCUUUCCUUCCUUCCUUCCAUCUGCGCUGCCCCCCAAACUCCAAUAUUGAACUGUUUUUCAACUACACUUCUAGAACCUGAUCGCCGUUGUCAUCUAGACGGCAACCCUUUUUGAAUUUACCCACCUUUUUUUCAAGACGUCCAACCUGCGAGCACCAACCCAUACCACCGUUUCGCCUUCUAGCUCAAUAAGCGUACGAAACGGUGCAGCAAGAAUGGCAAACCCUUCUUCAUCACACCAUGAGCGUGACCGCGAACGUGAACGCGAGCGUGAACGAGAGCACCGUCACCGCUCAGAGCGACACCACCAUCACCGAACCAUUUCUUCAACAACCCUCCUACUCGUCCUUUCCCUAGUUCUUGCAGUUCUCGCAGUCAUGCUUUCGCUACCCGCAUCCAGUAGUACAAAGGCAGCAGCAGGAGGUGCAGGAGGUGGAGCAGAGGAUCCUGCUGCAUCUGGACUCUGGGGUUAUCUAACUCCCAAACGAUCGCAAGCGCUUGUAGCUCGCGAGAGCUCUGUUGCUGGUCGUGAAGCUGAAGUAGCACGUCGCGAAGCAGAGCUUCUUGUUGGCGCACCUGGUGGUGUUCUUCCUGUUCAACAAUCCCCGGUCGUUUGUCCUGUAUGCCCUACCGCUACGGUCGUAGAUUUCGCACCUGCUCAGACCAUCAUCAAAGAAGUCGUAAAGGAAGCAGACCUUGCACCUCCAGGGUGGUGGAAGGAGGCCAAUGCUCGUGCCGAGGAGAUUCUAGAUCGCGAGCUCAGAGUUAGCGAACGAGAACGCGAGAUUACUCGGCGCGAGGAGAGUGUUAACAGGAGAGAGCAUGAUUCUUCCAGACGCGAGGCUUGGAUAAUGGAGCAGCUUGUUCUCAUCAACAACGAUGGAGCUUCCCUCGAGGAAGAAGUUUUUUAUGAGCCUGCUGGUGGCAAGCGGAAACUCAAGGAGCUUUCUCCCAUGAUAAUCGCCGAAACUGAAACAAAAACCAUCAUUCAAUAUGAAACUUUACCUGCCUCCACUGUCACGGUUCCCCCACCUGCCAAUACCCGUUUUGCUGCAUUCCCUACGCCUGAAGUCUUUUCAUCGUUCUACACAACUCAAAUUCCCAGAACUACGGCCAUCACUGUUGAAGAAGAUAUCAUUCGUGAGCCCCUGCUGGCUGAGGAGGUAGAUGAGUAUGAGGUGGAAGAGUUCGAGGAUGAAGAUGUGAGAGCAGUUACACUGCGCCGCAAUGCCCGGCCGAACCGGCGUCCGCCACCAAAUUCACGUGGCUGGUUGUGGUAAAUGGACCUUUUUCGCCAACUUUGCUCUUUUCUUUAUUCCUUUAACCACCUGCUUCAUCUUUAUUCCUGUUUCUUUCUUCUUCAUCGCUGCGUGGUUUCCUAUGACUUCAUUCUACUUCAGCCUUGCCAUCUCCCUUUACACACGACACGACAACUCACGGUUCACGGACUGCGUUUGAUACGUACGGAUUGAGACGGCCUAUGACAUGACGAUGGGAUUCACUGCUUUCUUGAGUAUGUAGUAUAGGUUACGCUACAAUUCUUUGACUACUUAUAGCCCCUGUUCUUGGAAAUAUACAAUUUAGCGGCGGGCCUUCGCUGUGCAUACUUUC